UGUAUAAAGAGACACAUGACAACUCCCUCUUCACCCAUCAACAAGUCUGGGAAACAGUUCAUUGCCAGGUGGCCCUUAAGAACAAGAACAACAACACUACGUGGAGGUGUGGCUGCCGGUUUUGGACGUUUAAACACCAUGAAUACGGAUUGUAAGAAGCAGAAAACAUGUUUGCAGAAAGCUACCAAUGUCACCUUUCAAAUCAACCACGUAACCAGAAACAAACGUGGUCAGGUUCUUGGACAGCGUGUAGGUUUCCGAGGAUGUACUGUUUGGUUUACUGGUUUGUCUGGAGCAGGCAAAACCACAAUAAGUUUUGCUCUGGAGGAGUACCUGGUCUCACGUGGUAUCCCUGCCUACUGUCUUGAUGGUGACAACAUGCGUCAUGGACUCAAUAAGAAUCUCGGUUUCUCGGAUGAAGAUCGCGAGGAAAACAUUAGACGUGUGUCAGAAGUAGCUAAGCUUUUUGCAGAUUCUGGUGUGGUAGCUCUCUGCUCAUUUGUCUCUCCUUUUUCGAAGGAUCGUGAACAAGCCAGAAAAAUACAUGAGGAGUCAGGCUUAUCUUUCUUCGAAGUCUUUGUAGACACUCCACUUGAAGUGUGUGAACAACGAGAUGUAAAGGGACUCUACAAAAAGGCACGCGCAGGUUUCAUUAAAGGUUUUACUGGCAUCGACUCGCUGUACGAGAAGCCUGAAGCUCCCAAUGUAGUUUUAAAGACUCAUCAUUGUUCUGUUGAUGAGUGUGUGCAACAAGUACUGGAUACACUUGAGGACUGGGGUAUCAUUCCAAAAUCUAUAACAGAAACAGUUAAGGAAUUGUUUGUCCCAGACAACAAAUUAACAAGUGCCAAAGAGGAAGCAGAUUCACUUCUCUCUAUCAAUAUCACCAAAUUAGAUUUACAAUGGCUUCAAGUACUCUCUGAAGGUUGGGCAUCUCCCCUUACUGGCUUCAUGAGGGAAAGAGAAUUAUUACAGAGUCAGCAUUUUGGCUGCCUCUUGGAUUCAGGGGUAUCAAACCAAUCUAUCCCAGUUGUGUUACCAGUAUCUACUGAAGAUAAAGAGCUGCUUGAUGGAUGCUCAGCCUUUACAUUGCGUUAUGAUGGUCAGCCAGUUGCUAUUUUGAGAAAACCAGAGUUCUAUGAGCACCGCAAGGAAGAACGUUGCGCUCGUCAGUGGGGAACAACUUGCGAAGAUCAUCCAUAUAUCAAGAUGGUUAAUGAGAGUGGAGAUUGGCUUUGUGGUGGGGAUAUUGAAGCUCUGGAGAGGAUCAGGUGGAAUGAUGGUUUAGAUGAAUACCGUUUAACACCUAUGGAGCUUCGUGCCAAAUUCCGACAAAUGGGUUCUGAUGCAGUUUUUGCUUUCCAGUUGCGAAAUCCUAUACAUAAUGGCCAUGCCCUUCUCAUGCAGGAUACACGUCAGCAACUGUUAGAACGUGGCUAUCACAACCCAGUCCUGCUGCUUCAUCCACUUGGAGGAUGGACUAAGGAUGAUGAUGUGCCUCUGAAGAUCCGGAUGGAGCAACAUCAUGCAGUUCUCAAAGAAGGAGUGCUGGACCCAUCAUCAACAGUAUUAGCAAUCUUCCCUUCACCAAUGAUGUAUGCAGGACCUACUGAAGUACAGUGGCAUGCUAAGGCACGUAUGGCUACUGGUGCCAACUUCUAUAUUGUUGGACGUGAUCCUGCUGGCAUGCCACACCCACGUGCUCAGAAAGAUCUUUAUCAUGCACAGCACGGCCGCAAAGUGCUGACUAUGGCCCCUGGUCUCACUCAGCUUGAGAUAAUUCCUUUCCGAGUUGCUGCUUAUGAUAAAGCAGCUGGUAAAAUGGCCUUCUAUGAUCCAGCACGAAAGUCAGACUUUGAAUUUAUCUCUGGUACAAAAAUGCGCACCCUAGCUCGCAAUGGUGACAAUCCUCCUGAUGGUUUCAUGGCCCCAUCAGCAUGGAAGGUUCUGAGUUCUUACUACCAAAGUCUGAGUAAAGAAUAGGGAUUGAGUAUUGGAAAAUUAGCUGCUUGGAAUAUUAAGGUAAAAUAUAUUGUUUUAAAUAGCACCAACAUUUAUGUUACUGUUAGAAAACAUACUUAUUACUGAGAAUAUUUUCUGUUAUCAGUAAUACAGUUUUCUCUUGUAUGCAAAUUUUAUUUAUUAAGAAGGCAUUAUUUUUCACAAAAAUUACCUGAAUUAUUAUUUACAUAAAAGAUUACUUUUAUUAUCUAACCAGUAGAGUAUUUUAGAAAAACUGAUGAAGUACCAAACCAAGUGCAUCAUAAUAAAAUUUGGCAAAAUAUUAAUGAGCAGUUUUGUUAAAUGCAAAUUAUAUAAGCACAUUUAGAUGCAAGAUAUUUGGGUCAGCACUGGUGUUCAUGUAUGCAUAUUUGGGCAUAUUACCUGCAACAUAUAGUCCUCACUUUAUAAGUUAAGAAUUAUUUAGAUUGCAGGCUUUGCUUUUUCCACCUCCAUAACUCAAGUCUAGCUAACUGAUUUCCCUAAAUCACUUUAUAAAUGCUACCCUGCUCACACUCCAACAACACAUCCAUUAAAAACCACUUGUCUCCACUCACUCCCAUCUAACAUGCUCACAUAUUCCUACUGGAUGCUUAUUUCCCCUAAAACUCAUAGCCUCUUAUACCACCUCCCCAACGAUUCCUGGGACCCCACAUGCAUACACCCUCUUUGUCAGCGUAUGUAUGUACAUGUGUGUGUUUAUAUACAUGCACGCACUCAAGUCAUUCCUGUUAAGCUGAACAUGCCAUAAAGGCUCAGCGCUCUUAAAAAUUUAACUCUUCAAACAAAUUUUACAUUGGCCAAGGAAAAAAAAUUUAGACUAAACUUAACUUAGAAACCUCACCUGACCGAACAUUUUUUUUUUUUUAGCUAAAUUACAUAUAUGUAUAUGUCAUACCACAUAGGUAAAACUUGCGAUUUUGUCUUAAAUGACAACGCUUUUCUUGCCAAAUAAGGCAAGCAAAAAUUUGCGUAUGCAAUAAUUUCGCAAAACUCUUUCUGAACCUAACAAAAAAAUAUAUUUCAUUGUGUUUGUUUAUUAUUAAAUUAUUUUUAAUUUAUCUAAAAUAUAUUUAGUUGGAUUAGGCUAAAUUAAAUUGCGCUUGUUAUAAUAUAUACACGUCUUUCUUUCAACACACCGGCCGUAUCCCACCGAGGAAUAUAUACACGUAUAUAUGUAUAUAUUUUUUUUUGUUUUGUUUUGUUUUUUGUUUUUUUAAACAAACUGGUCGCAUCCUACUAAGGCAGGGUAGCCCAAAAAGAAAAACAAAAGUUUCUCUUUUUAAAUUUAGUAAUUUAUACAAGAGAAAGGGUUACUAGCCCCUUUCCCCUGGCAUAUGUCCUGUCAAAGGGCAAUGUGUGGUGUAAAUAUUAUGCAGAAAAUCCGGAGUGUGGAAAUUAGGAGAAGGUGUGGAGUUAAUAAAAGUAUUAGUCGGAGGGCUGAAGAGGGGUUGUUGAAGUGGUUUGGUCAUUUAGAGAGAAUGGAUCAAAGUAGAAUGACAUGGAGAGCAUUUAAAUCUGUAGGAGAAGGAAGGCGGGGUAGAGGUCGUCCUCGAAAAGGCUGGAAGGAAGGGGUAAGGGAUGUUUUGUGGGCGAGGGGCUUGGACUUCCAGCAGGCGUGCGUAAGCAUGUUCGAUAGGAGUGAAUGGAGAUGAAUGGUAUUUGGGACCUGACGCUCUGUUGGAGUGUGAGCAGGGUAAUAUUUAGUGAAGGGAUUCAGGGAAACUGGUUAUUUUUAUAUAACCAGACUUGAGUCCUGGAAAUGGGAAAUACAAUGCCUGCACUCUAAAGGAGGAGUUCGGGAUAUUGACAGUUUGGAGGGAUAUGUUGUGUAUCUUGAUAUUUAUAUGCUUCUAAGCUGUUGAGGUUUGAGCACCUCUGCAAAAACAGUGAUUAUGUGUGAGUGAGGUGAAAGAGUUGAAUGAUGGUGAAAGUAUUUUCUUUUUGGGGAUUUUCUUUCUUUUUGGGUCACCCUGCCUCGGUGGGAGACAGCCGACUUGUUAAAAAAAUAUAUAUUAUACACCUACCAUCCGACUUACGACCAAGCUUGGGUCUGACCAGCUGGUCGUAAGUCAAAAUGGACGUAAGUCGAAUCUUUGAAAAUUGCCGACAUACUGGGUAGGGCCUAAUGUCGAACUUUUUCUAUAUAAACUACCUACAUAGUACUGUAAUGUAAUGUAUAAUCAUUAUUUCAUUCUUUUUACCAUAAUUUACUUCUAUUGUUGUAUUUUAAUUAUUUAUGUACUGUAUAUAAUGUAUACAUGUUAGUGAACUCUAUUGUAAAUUUUACAUCGCAUACAGUAUCAUAUGUUACUGUUAUCUUUAUGUAUUGUCGACACAGUGAAUGGGAGAAUACCACUGGUAAUGUCAUCCUACCAGAAUGUAGUAUAACCUAUACCCUAAGUAAAGAGAAACAACUCUGGAACAUGUGUAAUGCAUAGCUGGCCGGGUGGGUGGGUGGCCGGGUGGAUGGUUGGCUGACUGAAUGUGGCUCUCUCUCUGUAUAUCUCUCUCUGUAUCUCUCUCUCUGUAUCUCUCUCUCUCUAUAUCUCUCUCUCUCUCUGUAUCUCUCUCUGUAUCUCUCUCUCUGUAUUUCUCUCUCUGUAUCUCUCUCUCUCUGUAUCUCUCUCUCUGUAUCUCUCUCUCUCUCUGUAUCUCACUCUCUCUGUAUCUCUCUCUCUCUAUCUCUCUGUAUCUCUCUCUCUGUAUCUCUCUCUCUGUAUCUCUCUCUCUCUGUAUCUCUCUAUCUGUAUCUCUCUCUCUGUAUCUCUCUCUCUCUGUAUCUAUCUCUCUCUCUCUGUAUCUCUCUCUCUCUCUGUAUCUCUCUCUCUCUGUAUUUCUAUCUCUCUGUAUCUCUCUCUCUGUAUCUCUCUCUGUAUCUCUCUCUCUCUGUAUCUCUCUCUCUCUCUGUAUCUCUCUCUCUCUGUAUCUCUCUCUCUCUGUAUCUCUCUCUCUGUAUCUCUCUCUCUGUAUCUAUCUCUCUGUAUCUCUCUCUGUAUCUCCCUCUCUGUAUCUCUCUCUCUCUCUCUCUCUCUCUCUCUCUCUCUCUCUCUCUCUCUCUCUCUCUCUCUCUCUCUCUCUCUGUUAUCUCCCUCUCUGUAUCUCUCUCUCUGUAUCUCUCUCUCUGUAUCUCUCUCUCUCUCUCACACACAGGUACACGUAAGUGAAAUUAUCAUACAUAGUAUAAAUUACCUAGGAUAACUCAAAAAAUCCAGGCAAAGUGCUGUACAGUGGAUCUGUGCUCCAGUGCCCUAAAUUAAUAAUAUUAAUUAUUAUUAUUAUUAUUAUUAUUACAAUAAUACAUAUGUACUAAUAUUAAUAAUAAUAUUAUUAUUAAACUAUAAUAUAAGCUCCUGGAGAGCGAAACAUUGCCACAAUAAAAUGUCACAUUAGUUGCACUUGUGUCCUUUUACUGUCCACUCAUUACUUACCUUAAAAUAUCUGUAGUCUUAAUGUAGAGUGAGAGGUGAGUAAACAAGAUUAAAUGAAUAAACGAAUGAGAGUGUAGAAGGUUGGCGAGUUAUGUAAACAAACGUUGCUGUUGUUGCCAGCCCGGACACGAAUGGUUCCUGUUCACUCUGUCAAGCCAACCAGAAAAACAUCUCAUAUUUGUUAAUUUAUAUGUUUAUAUGUUAUGUAGCAUGUUUAUUAUAUAAUUUUGAAAAAGAAAUCAUGGAUGGAUUAAGCAAAAUGUCUAUAUCAACGUUUUAUACACAUUUAAUGCGCCUCAGUGAUUAUUAUUGUGUUAUUAUCAUUAUUAAUAUGGCGUCUUUAAGACCAAUUACACUCUUAAUGAGUGGCUCUGAGACAGAUAAGCAGACAGAAAGACACACACAGGUAGACAGAGACAGGCACACAGGUAGACAGAAAGACACACACACCAGUAGACAGAAAGACAGGUAGACAGAAAGACACA